AACGUCUAGCUACACGUCAGGCUGGAGCGGUGGACAAUACUGGAAGGGACGGUCAUUUCUUUGCGAUUGAAUGAGCGCAGAAAGACGCAUUUGGCGACAUGUCGCGACAGACAGGUGCGAAGCCGUGUUCCGCGCAACUGCAGUUCCGUUCGCUUCUGUUCGUUUUUGUUGUUUUCAUCGGCUCUACUAAAUCGAGCCGUGUCGGGGAGGUGACGGAUCCACCGGGUCCUGCCACAGAGGAAGUGGAGAGUUACAAGAGAUACUACAAUUUCGUGGAACUUACCCGGCGUUUGAAAUCACUUGCCCGAAGCUACCCGCAUAUUGCGGACUUGAGCAGCGUCGGGCGGUCGGUCGAGGGAAGGGAGUUGUGGGUGAUGCGGAUCACCAAAGACCUUCGUGCCGAGGCGCCUGGGAAACCCAAAUUUAAAUAUGUGGGCAACAUGCACGGGGACGAGACGGUUUCACGCCAGGUGUUGGUGUACCUGAUCGAGUACCUUCUGAGCAGGUACGGAGACGACCGGCGUGUGACGGACUUGGUCAACAACACGGAUAUUUACAUCAUGCCGAGUAUGAACCCCGACGGAUUCGAGAGGUCGGUCGAGGGUGACUGUAACGGUAACGCAGGGGGCAGGAAUAAUGCCAAGGACAUCGAUCUCAACCGAAGUUUUCCAGACCAGUUUGGUACCGAAGACGUGAACGAAGACGAUGCACCCGAAUUGACAGCUAUGAUGAAGUGGAUUGUUGAAAACAAGUUUGUCCUCUCGGGAAAUCUGCACGGUGGCACUGUAGUGGCCAGCUACCCCUUUGACGACUCUGCCUCCCAUGUCCGUUACGGCUUCUACAGUCUGUCCCCUGAUGAUGCUCUCUUCAGGUAUUUGGCACGGGUUUAUGCAGAGAACAACCCCGUCAUGUCAACAGGGGAGCCGAAAUGUGAGGGAGACCCUGGGGAGACCUUCAAGGAUGGCAUCACAAAUGGUGCAAGUUGGUAUGAUGUGCCAGGAGGGAUGCAGGACUUCAAUUAUUUGCAGGGGAACUGCAUGGAGAUUACCAUGGAGUUGAGUUGCUGCAAGUAUCCUCCUGCUACCCAGCUGCAUGUAGAGUGGAACAACAACCUCCAGUCUCUGCUGGCUUACAUGGAGAAGGUGCACAUUGGUGUACGAGGUUUUGUCAAAGAAGCCCUGACUGGGACUCCUGUUUCUGGUGCCGACAUCAUGGUGGCAGGCAUCAACCACAACGUGAGCACCGGGCGUUUUGGCGACUAUUACCGACUGCUGCUGCCCGGUGUCUACAACGUCACAGCCACGGUCCCUGGAUGUGCUCCCAUGACGGAGGUUGGCGUGCAGGUAAUGGCAGGCAAAGCCACAGAGCUCAACUUCACGUUAACGCCCCUGAGAGAUGUGGGCGUCGGCCCCUCGACUGCGCCCUACACAACGCUCUCCGCUACCACCGGCCCCACGAGCGCUGGCAGCGGCAGCAGUACGGAUUCGGCGGUUCUCGGCCCAGGUCUGCCCGGCACCGGCACACUCGUGCCGGAGCCGCAGCCGCUGCAGCCUGAGGAGUUCCGACACCACCACUACAGCGACAUGGAGCUGUUCCUGCAGAGGUUCAGCAUGCUGUACCCCUCCAUCACCCGCCUCUACUCCAUCGGCAAGUCCGUGCAGGACCGCCAGCUUUGGGUCAUGGAGAUCUCGGACAACCCGGGCGAACACGAGGAAGGUGAACCGGAGUUCAAGUACAUUGGGAAUAUGCACGGCAAUGAGGUUGUGGGGCGGGAGCUGCUUCUCAACCUGAUUGAGUACCUCUGCCGUAACUAUGGCAGUGACCCUGAAGCCACCUACCUCAUCAACACCACCCGUAUCCACAUCAUGCCCUCCAUGAACCCAGAUGGCUACGAGGUGUCGCUAGAGGGAGAUGUCAGCGGCUACCAGGGCCGCAAUAACAGCAACAACUUUGACCUGAACCGCAACUUUCCUGACCAGUUCAAAACCAUCGGGGAACCCAGGCAGCCGGAAACCAUAGCCGUGAUGAACUGGGCCAGGAACUACCCGUUUGUGCUCUCUGCUAACCUGCACGGAGGCUCCCUGGUGGUAAAUUAUCCUUUCGACGAUGACCCAGAUGGUGUCACAAGGUACAGCGCGUCUCCAGACGAUGCCGUCUUCAAAAUGGUCUCCUCCGCUUACGCCAAGGAAAACCCGCUGAUGUCCAAAGGUCACCCUUGUGUGGACGUUAAAGAAUACCCAGAUGAGUACUUCCAGGAUGGCGUUACCAACGGAGCAAACUGGUACAACGUUCCUGGUGGUAUGCAGGACUGGAACUACAUGAACACAAACUGCUUUGAGGUGACCAUUGAGCUGGGCUGUGUCAAGUACCCCCAUGCAGAGGAGCUGCCACAGUACUGGGAGCAGAACCGCAGGUCUUUGCUACAGUUCAUUCAUCAGGUCCACAGAGGUGCGAAGGGGAUGGUGACCGACAGCAAGGAUGGGACUGGCAUUCCCAACGCCACCAUCACUGUAGAUAAGAUCCAUCACUCCAUCACCACCAACAAGGCUGGGGACUACUGGCGUCUACUGGUCCCUGGACCUUAUCACUUGACCGCUUCUGCUGAAGGGUACACUUCUGUUGACACAUACGUCACUGUGCCCCAGGAGGGCGUAGAGCAGGUACACUUCAAACUGACCCGGAUCCAUCUGAACCCCAACGAGGAGGACCUCCAGAGCUUCAUCAAGCAGCUGUCCACCAGCCCUGACCUGGACCGGCUGAUCCCGGACACGACCACCAGCAGCAGCUUCCGUUACCACGGCUACAAAGAGAUGUCCGAGUUCCUGCGUGGCCUCAAACUCAACUUCCCCAAGAUCACUGCGCUCCGCCGCCUUGGUCAGAGUGUGGAAUUCCGAGCUAUAUGGGCUCUGGAGAUCUCUAACAAGCCCGAGGAGCCAGAGCCAAACGAGCCCAAGAUCCGCUUUGUGGCAGGCAUCCACGGGAACGCCCCCGUGGGCACGGAGCUGCUCCUGGAGUUCGCCACCUACCUGUGCAUCAACUAUGGAAAGAAUGCAGCUAUUACCAGGUUAAUCAAUGAGACCAGAAUCGUCAUCCUUCCCUCCAUUAACCCAGAUGGCCGUGAACGGGCCAGAGAAAGAGACUGCACCUCCACUGAAGGCAUGGCCAACGCAGCAGGCAAAGACCUCGACACCGAUUUCUUUGGUAAUGUGUCCCAGCGUGCUACAGAGCCUCAGUUAGAAACCCGCGCUGUAAUGGAUUUGAUACAGGAGAAGGGCUUCACACUCUCGGUGGCACUGGACGGAGGCUCUGUGCUGGUUACGUACCCCUAUGACAAACCAGUUCAGCCAGUCGAAAAUGAAAGCACCUUGCGGUAUCUGGCUACUGUGUAUGCCAACAACCAUCCCACAAUGUACUUGGGAGAUGCUGGAUGUCGGAACAACAGCCAGAUGGGGAACAUCCCUGAGGGAGUGCUGCGUGCUGCUGAGAUGCACAGUCACAUGGGGAGUAUGAAGGACUUCAGUGUGGACUUUGGCCACUGUCCCGAAAUCACUGUGUACACCAGCUGUUGCCUGUUCCCUUCGUCUGAUCAGCUGCCCAGCCUCUGGGCUCAGAACAGGAAGUCUCUGCUCAGCAUGCUGGUGGAGGCGCACAAAGGCGUGCGUGGAGUAGUGAGGGACAAGACUGGCAAACCCAUCGCCGGGGCGAUGAUUGUGCUGAACGGCGGGGUGCGGGUGUUCACCGUCGAGGGAGGCUACUUCCACGUCCUGCUGGCUCCGGGCGUGCACAAAAUCGAAGCAAUAGCCGAAGGGUACCAGCAGCAGCGCCAGGAGGUUGUUGUCUUGUCCAAUGAGGCUGCGAGGUUCGUCACGAUCGAGUUUGAUAUGGACAACAGCAUCUUUGGUUUACCGAGGGAGUUGGUGGUGGCAGCUGCAGCUGCUGCCAUGACUGCACUAGCCAUCACGGCUUGCAUCAUCUGGUGCGUGUGCUCCGCAAAGUCCAACAGAGAGAAGGAUGGCUUCCACCGCUUGCGGCAACACGGGGACGACUACGACGAUGAGAUCCACCUAACCUCCGUGGGCUCCAAGAAGUCCCUGCUGAGCCAUGAAUUUCAGGAUGAGAGCGAAAGCGACGAGGAUACACUGUACGCAAACAAACUCUGAGUCCCCGACACUAGCCGCUCGCCUAGUCUGUUCAUGUACUACAGCGCCGCCCUAAAGGAGACUAUGAGGGAGAUUGGGGGGGGGGGGGGUCCUCGCACACCAUGGCGCAUUCCAAUUCACAGGCCUGUCCAAAAAGACUGGUAUCCAACACAGGAUGCACUUUACUGGCCUGCGAAAUUGGUUGGCUGUACAGACUGCUAUCAACUUUCCUGCUGUUUGUUUGGAUUGAGUUAGUCCUCUUCUGUUAAGUAGUAUGAGUCAUUCUCAGUUCUCUUCCAAUAGAUGACCUGUCAAUACAGUACCAACUUAAUUUCCCAUUUAAAAAGAAACUCAACAGGAUUAAUGAACACGGUGCCUUGCUUGAUUUGACUGAGCCAUUGUUGCCUCUUGGUAGAGUGUAAAGACUGGUGUAAGUAGAAUGGGUCAAAUUCCCCUCUUUGCCACACUGUGGGUCUAAAUCAAGUCAUGAAGUUUUUUUGUUUUUGUUUUGUGGUUUGGUUUGGUUUCACACUAUCUACAUCUGCUGGUUUGUUCCACACAGAUGCUGAUAGAUACUGGGAACAAAGUGUCUGAGAACAGCAGUUCAUCUGUCAUUCAUCUGUAAUUAUCUCUCAAAGACUGAGAUCAGUCAGAUUUAAAAGAAAAAAAAGAAAGUGGACCUAGGGCAGAACCCAGAUAUGGAACACCCUUUUGUGGCCAAUGAUUUUAACUUUCAGCUGCCCAAUUUGUUGCCUAGAUUUCAGAAUUUCAGUUGGCCAAUUUAUUGUGCAUACAUGCGUUUUGUAUUGUAACCUUGCAUUGAAGCUCUUCAGUGAAUGAGACUGGGCUUGCCAAGAAUGUGUGUGUCAUUUUGUCUUUUCAAGUAGUUAUUUUAUUUGUACUUGCACUCGAUGAGCAAUUUUGUGCAUAUCUACCAUACUAAAUUUGUUAAAUGAAGUGUUGACUAUAUGUACAAAGAUACAAUUUCUAUUGGCCAUGCACUGUUUUGAAAUGUAUUAUCAUCUAUAUCUUCUGAUUCUUCAAGACAUUACUACUGAACGUAGUACAUUAAUAAUCUACUUAAACACAGAAUCAGUAUGAUGUGUAAUUGCUCAUAGUGAAAUUGUUUUAAUGGGUUUUAGAAGCUCUGGUAAAAAUAAUAACAUUUAUUGGUUUAUUCAGAACAGAUUUCAGAAUAGUCCUUACACAUUGACACAUCCUCCCAGUUUUUUACAAUUUGCUUUUUUGAUUCUAUGUACAUUUUACAUAUUUGCAGUCAAUCAAUUUACAUUAUUUAAAUAUCUAAAAACCCUGAUUUGGGUGUUGAAUACUUAUUUAAAAUUUUGCUUGUUUGUUUUUCUUUACGUCUAACAUAGGCUUUGCUACAUUGUCUAGUACCUGACUUGUCUCCAGUGAUGAAACUAUGCCUUACAAUCCACCUGAUUUUGUAGAGUAUAUAGAUUAGAUGCAUUUAAACCAUGCAUAUAAUACUAGAUACACUAAUGAUGCAUGUAUGUUAUAUAAUCAGGGUAACAUUUGGCUUCAAACAUUUAACUUCUUCAUAUACACACAUUAAACCAUUUUCUGGAAUCUCUUUUGUAACAAAAACACAACUGUAACUAGUAACAUUAAUCAGCAUGCCGAUUACUUAUUAAUUGACCCUCAUAUUUUGAAGGACACUUUUUCAUUUUGUCAUUUGGUGUGUAAUAGUGGUCCCUUCCCUGUGCUGUGGGAGAUGUGGUGGGAUGUACACUUAGUGAACUGAUGAUAUGCUUUCUGAAACCAACGGAGCUGCUUCUGUUGUGUCCUGGGGAACAAGAUACAACAUGGAGACAAAUUCUCGGUCUGGCAGUCGAUCAUAUUCUACACCUCACACCAUUGUCUUGAUCACAUUUAUUCUAUGUAAGCAUGCGAGUCAAAACAGGGCUGUAUUUGGAGGUAGAAAUGUAUACAUUAAUAUUACAAGAAAGAGUUUCAAAGGUUUAUCUACUGUUAAUUCCGUUGCCUUUUUAAACCUCUGUUUGAUUUGUUUAAUGUGAGAUUUUUCAUAAGACAUACUGAUAAAUGUUUUGAUAACCAUUGUUUGUCACUAACAGAUGGCCAAUUUUCUAAAGUAUCAGGUGUUUUUUUAUAUAUACUAUUGUGCACCAAAAAUACAUUUUGCAACACUGAGGUGAUUAAGGUAUGAUGGAAAGAGUUGGGAAUAUAUUUUUUUUCUCCAUUUACUGUUGUUGCUACUCAUGUCCAAUAUUAUGGCUUCAUUUUGAUUAUGCUUGAAUGUAAAUGAGUGGGUGUGUCUGAACAAAUGUGUAUAGCUUUUGUAUGUAUGUACUGGUUGUCCUGAUGUAUAUUAGAUUUUUUUUCUUUUUACAUUAAAGUGGUUGUAGAUAAUUGAGUGAUGCCAAUUAUACGCAAGGCAGAUAAGUGCAAUUUUAGUUAACAGUGAAAAGCAACAGUGCGAAAAACGUCCUCUGGUCUUGAUUACUUGAUUAUCUGACACGCUGAUUGAACUAAAACUAAGUUAAAUUGAAAUAAAAUUCCUAAUGAGAAGAGA